AUGGAGACAGAUGAGAAAGAGUUGCCCCACCAGAGUGGCCUUGGAGCCCAGUAUGAGACUCUCCACUGGGGACACCAGCCCAGCAGCCACAUCUGGGAUCAAGUGAUCAUCGACCGGAGUGACACGGAGGCGUGGCCUUCCAUUUCCUGCAGCGAGAGCCACGUCCCCUCAGAAUGCACCAUGGAUAUUGACUCUACUACAGAGAUAAGCAGCAGCAACAUGAGCAUGGCCACGGGGCCCGGGCAGCAAAGCCACUUCUCGGCCCACCAUCCCAGCAGUAAAAACAGCGGCAACCACUCUGGAAGCAUGGUUUUCAACCAGGGCGGAGCCAGCCAGGGCUGGGGUUCUGGGCCUACCCACUGCCCCUCUGCCAUUGGCAGUGACAGGAAGACAGACAGCAUGCCAAUGGGAGGGAGGGGUCAGCCCUGCUGGGGGACCUCCAACUUUAACUUGAACCUGAAUCCUAGCGCCAACCCAGCUGCGUGGCCAGUACUGGGGCACGAAGGAGAUGGAAUGGUGGGCGGUGGCCCAAGAGGCAACAACCCCACUCCUCCCCCAAACCUCUGCAGCCCAGCUAGUGCCCCACCAGCCCAGGGAGGGGGCGGGUGUAUAGGCAGCACUAAUGGAAACCAUGUAGGGGGCAGUGGCAACAGUGCCUGGGGGAGCAUGCUUCCACCAGACCCAACAGAGUCACGGCCCUCACCGUCCACGAAUGUGUCUUUCAGUGUCGAACCUCAGAACCUUAGCACUGAUGGACCAAAUAACACUAAACAGCAGUCCCUGAGCCCCAUCCACGGCCUGCCCAGCUGGGGUUCUGUCCCUGUGGACAUGGGACCUCUUGUGCAACCACAGGUCAAUGGGGAGGGGGGCUCAUUGUGGGUGAAUGGAGACGCCAAGCCAACAGGUUCCAAGGAUUCAGCUUGGGAUUCUGGGCCGUCCAGUGGCCCUGGGAUUCUGACACCUUGGGGUCAAGGCGGGGGUAACACAGGGGCCUGGGGCCGAUUGGCCUGCAGUGGAGGUGGAGACUGGGGCAAGCAUUCCAGGGAGGCCAAAGGUUGGGAGACAUCAGGCUCCCCCCUGCAGGAGCAGCCUGUUUCCUGGUCCAACGCCCCCGCCAGCGAAGGAAGCAACGACAGCCUUGAAGGGAGAUCCCGCAGGAUGAAGAGGCCACAUGGGGAGCUCGAUGCUCCCCUUCCCCUGCCUAGGCAAGACCUGGACCCACGGGUGCUAUCCAACACUGGCUGGGGCCAGAUCCCUGUACGGCAGCACACAGCCUGGGAGCUGGAGGAGAUGGCACGGUUUGAUCACAAGAGCAACACGGGGGCCGACUCCUGGAGCACAGGAUCAUCUUCAUCAUCCUCUUCUGGUCCCCCGCCAGUGCCUGCAACUGCCAGCACUGACCCUGCUGCUGCACAGGUGUCUAACUCAGGUGGGAAGGGUGAAGGGUCCAGUUCUAGUACCUCAGCAGCUCCGGGAUGGGGAAACCCUGCCCCGGUGAUAGCCACGCCAGCCUCCAGCCUGCCCAGCUCUAGCUGGGGCGAGGCAAUCAGCAAGAAAGCACCCAGAGGGCAUGGAGGAUGGGGGGAACCCUCUGCAGGCAGCUCCAACUCUACUCCCUCCAAAGGUGGGAUGUCCUGGGGUCAGGAGGAGAAGUCUCCCAGCUGGGAUGACCCACCUGCUAAACCCAAACCUCAGAGCUGGGGCGAGGGACCCAAGCGUGGACAUGGCUGGGGUACAGGGGCAAGUGGGGGUGGAGAUUGGGGUGAGCCCAGGGAGGAGAAGAAGAACGGCUUAACUCCAGUCUCUUGGGAAGAGAACCCCCAGAAUGCUGGCUGGGGAAAGCAAGGACAAGAACAAGGAGCAGGAGCCGGGGUCGGGUUCGGGGGAGGUUGGAUGGAAGCACAGAGGCCCAGUGUGCCGGUGCAAGGAUGGGGAGGCAAGACCCAGGACAAUAGUAAUAGCAGCGGCAGCGUAGGGUCCUUGGGGGGAGCAGACACAGUGAAACAGUGCGGAACGGGCUGGGGAGGAGGAGGGGAAGGUGGGGGUGGGAGCAAGCAAGAGCAAGGGGGCGAACCUACUGGUUGGGAAGAGCCCUCUCCUCCCUCCGUGCGCCGCAAGAUGGAGAUCGACGAUGGUACCUCAGCUUGGGGAGACCCGAGCACCUACAACAAGAUUGUCAACUUGUGGGACAAAAACAACCCUGUAAUUCAGAGCGGCCCCAGCAAGCAUGCCGCCAGCAACAACCACGGCAACGCUGCCGCCAGCAACAACCACGGCAACGCUGCCGCCAGCAACAACCACGGCAACGCUGCCGCCAGCAACAACCACGGCAACGCUGCCGCCAGCAACAGCAACCACCAUCAUCACCACAGCAGCCACGCCCAGAGUCACACCCAGAGCCAUAGCCAGAGCCACAGCCACGCACCUAGCAACACAAACAACAGCCCGCCAGAGCAAACCACACCUCAUCAACCAAGUACCCCCCAGAGCAGAUCUGUACUCGCUGGGCCAGGAUGGGGAGACUUGCCCAGUGCUCAUCUGAAGCCCGAGCCUUCGUGGGGAGAGCCUGUCUCCCCGGCAACAGCGGUGGAUAAUGGGACCUCGGCCUGGGGGAAGCCCCCUGGCAGCUGCGGGGGAUGGGGGGACAACCCCUCCGACCCAUCAGGGCCCUACGGCAGGGGGAACCCCCCCUCAGGACUGGCCCCCUGCAAGCCAGCCUCCAAAUCUAUGCAAGAUAGUUGGGGAGGCAGUCCGGACGAGCUGGGCGGGUGGGAUCGGGAGGAGGGGGAUGUGUGGAACAGCGCUGCUUCCCAGGAGAGCAACUCGUCCUGCAGCUCCUGGGGGAACCUGCCCAAGAAGGGACUGCAAAAGGUCAUCAAGGUCCCCAGCAAGCAGGACGAGGCCUGGAUUCUGAGCCGGCUGAUCAAACAGCUCACAGACAUGGGCUUCCCACGGGAGCCGGCUGAGGAAGCCCUGAAGAGCAACAGCAUGAACCUGGACCAGGCGAUGAGUGCCCUGCUGGAAAAGAAGAGCGCGCUGGACAAGCGGGGGAUGGGAAUGUGUGACUACAACAGCCUGCUCUCCAAACCACUGGGCUGCCGGCCCCCUGCAAUCUCCAAAGAGUCUUCCUCGGACCGAUCCCCUUUCCUCGAUAAGGACGGUGGCCUAGUGGAAGACCCCCCAGCCUCACCGUUUUUGCCUUCUCCAAGCCUGAAGCUACCGCUCUCCAGCAGUGCACUGCCCAGCCAGGCCCUGGGUGGGGUCCCCUCGGGGCUGACCAUGCAAAACAUGAACAACAGACAGAUGCAGAGCAGCAUGUUCGGCAAUAGCGGAGCAGCACAAUUCAGGGCUAUGCUGCAGCAGCAGCAGCCAGCAGUGCCGCCUCUCAGCUCCUCCCAGCCUAGUGUUCGCACUCAAGUGCCUCAGUUUCUCUCCCCUCAGGUUCAAGCACAGCUCUUGCAGUUUGCAGCAAAAAACAUUGGUCUGAACCCUGCACUUUUAACUUCGCCAAUGAACCCUCAGCACAUGACUCUGUUGAACCAGCUCUACCAACUGCAGCUGUCGUACCAGCGUUUACAAAUCCAGCAGCAGAUGUUGCAGGCUCAGCGCAGCGUUUCCGGUCCCAUUAGACAACAAGAGCAGCAGGUUGCACGUACAAUCAAUAACAUGCAGCAGCAAAUCCAACAGCACCAGCGACAGCUGGCCCACGCCCUUCUCAUGAAGCAGCAGCCUCCACCUCAUCCCGGCCUGCACCCUGGCACAGGAAAAUCAGCCCUGGAUAGCUUUCCACCCCACCUCCAGGCUCCGGGCCUAUCUGGCCUGCAGACCAAAGAGCAGCAGUGUUCUCCGAACUCCUUUUCCUCCCACCCACUCUCUGGACUGAAUCCAAACAUGAAUGUAAACAGCAUGGAAGUGGGUAGUGGUCUGUCCAUGAAGGACUCCUCUCAGUCUCAGUCCCGUCUCCCGCAGUGGACACACCCCAAUUCCAUGGAGAACCUCUCUGGCACCUCCUCUCCCCUGGAGCAGAGCCUCAGCAAGCACGGUGCUAUCCCUGCAGGUCCCAGCAUCGGCCCCCCAGGGAAGUCCCCCAUGGAUGACUCCUACAUCCCCUACAAUCUAAUCCCCAGCAGCGAGUCUCCAGCCAGUCCACUAGUAGCCCCAGACAACUGGACACAGGCCAAAUCCGCUAAUGACAAAAUCUGCAAUGGCACCAACAUCAACUGGCCACCAGAGUUCUGUCCUGGCGUGCCCUGGAAAGGACUGCAGAAUAUUGACCCUGAAACUGACCCCAAUGUAACCCCAGGAAGUGUUCCCAGUGGCCCCACCAUCAACACCAAUAUUCAGGAUGUAAACCGCUACCUGCUCAGAGACAGGAGUGGAGGUAAACUAUCAGACAUCAAGUCGACCUGGUCCCCUGGCCCCAUCUCUCACCCCCAGGCCUCCCUGUCCCAUGAGCUCUGGAAGGUGCCACAAGGCCCCCGAAACCCUUCUGUUCCCACACGACCCCCCCCAGGGCUCACCAACACCAAGCCAUCUUCCACCUGGGGAGGCAACUCGCUGGGUUUGACGCCAGGCUGGAGCAGCUCCUACACCUCCGGGACCACCUGGAGCACUGACAGCUCAGCAAGAACGAGCAGCUGGCUGGUUCUGCGCAACCUCACCCCCCAGAUUGACGGCUCGACUCUGCGGACGCUGUGCAUGCAACACGGCCCUCUCCUUACAUUCCACCUGAACCUGACCCAAGGGAACGCCGUCGUCCGCUACAGCUCCAAGGAGGAGGCAGCCAAAGCACAGAAAUCCUUGCACAUGUGCGUUCUGGGUAACACUACCAUCCUGGCAGAGUUCGCUGGGGAGGAGGAAGUGAACCGCUUCUUUGCACAGGGUCAAUCCCUGACCCCUACCACCAGCUGGCAGGCACACCCGGGCACCAAUCAGACGCGGCUCGGCGGGGCGGGGACAGGGCACUGGAACAGCGGUGGGGGGAAGGGGGGCAGCGAGCUGCUGUGGGGAGGGGUCCCCCAGUUUUCCAGUCUCUGGGGACCCCCUGGAGGGGAGGACUCCAGGGGGAUCGGGAGCCCCACCCCCAUCAACACACUGCUUCCGGGAGACUUGCUGAGUGGAGAGUCCAUGUAGGGAUGGAAAGCUAGCCAAGCAGAUCACACGGAGAUAAUCAGUAAAUGAGAAAGGAACCACUGCUCCGACUCGCCUAUGGAAACAGAAACGGAAUGUGGCGGGCUGGGGCAAAACUAAUAUGGAGGCUGCUGACUUUAUUUUUUUAUUUUAUAAGUAUUCAAAACUAUUUUGAAGAAGAGUGGAAAAAACUACUUAAAAAAAGGAAAGAAAACAUUUUAAUGACUUAUUUCUACUAGUUCUGACAUUCAGUAUGAAUUGUGUUUUCAGGAGAACUGAUAAAACAAGCUGCCAUUUUGACCUUUCCCUCUAGCCCUGCCCGAUCAUGACCCCACCCCUUCAAGCCCCUCCCCUCAAUACUACAUCAUUCCGAGCAUGCCCAGUAGGAAUGGUUCAAGUACUCUCUUCAGCACUAAUAUUAGCCUUAACUGCUGUCCAGCCCAGUUCCUUGUUUGUUUUUUAAUUUUGAAGAAAAUCGGGUUUACACCGCUGUUUAAUACUUCAUGACAUCUAUAUAUCUAUCGCAAAAUAAGCUGAAAGAAAUGUAAUCAAAAACAGUGUCUUAUGUGUAUGAAUGUGAUGUGUGUGGAUCCAUGUGAACUACUGUCUACCCAUUUAUGAGAAACACCUUUGAAAGCUCUGCAUUGACGUGUCGGCCAUGUUCUCUCAACGCUAUCACGUGAUCUACAUCUUCAGGGGACAUGCAGCAGCUUCAUUUCCAGACUCUUCUGUCCGCAGAUUUCCUGGGCAGUCGCUGCUUUCUGUGCUGCCACUCCAGUGGACUGCGAGGCAGGAGUUUAGGCCUGGUCACAUGAGCAGCACCAGCUGCUCUUCCUCUCCACCUCACUGACUGCAGUCCUGGUGACAUGAGCACCAGUUGCUCUUCUUCUAUCCCUCCCUGUCCUUCUCUAUGGAGUGGCUGCUCAGCAGCUUUGUGUACAGCGGAUAGGGGAGGUGUGGGAACAGCAACCCAUCAUCCAACCAAAUCGGGGGUGUUUUUUAUAAAGGUGUAGUCAAGAGUGUGUAUAUAUUGCUCAUGUACAAAUGUGUAAAUUGAGACUUUUUUCAACCUUUUCGGUUGAUUUAUAGCACUUACAAGAGCAAGACACUCCUACUCUAUGAUGCCAAUGAAUUUGAAAACAAGCAGCGCUGUAAAUCCUGAAGGAGAAGAACGACUCCAGCGGAUCAAGCUGCUGAACAGAACGACUCCAGCGGAUCAAGCUGCUGAACAGAACGACUCCAGCGGAUCAAGCUGCUGGACAGAACGACUCCAGCGGAUCAAGCUGCUGGACAGAACGACUCCAGCGGAUCAAGCUGCUGGACAGAACGACUCCAGCGGAUCAAGCUGCUGGUUCCACUGUGUUUUCUGUGCACUAUUGGUUUGAAACUACUUGUAGACAAUUACUGAAGAAUAUGUUUUUAAAAUAUCAAAGUAAAUACCACUGUUACAUCAAAGAUUUGGACUCCUACGAGACGCUACACUUGUAAUGUUACACAAAAGAUCUGUGGCUCUGUACCUUGUACUAUAACAACUGGUCAUUGGGUGCCUGUCUGCUGUGAAGCCUCUCUGAAAAUUCACUUUGAUCAGCAGCACUCCCUCUCAAAGCACAUGUGCAUUUGGCUGCCAUUCUGUGUAGUGAGGCUGGUCUGGGUUCAGCAAGGCUGACAGUCCCAGCUCAAGAUCAGUAUAGUUUCCAUUGUUCACUUUAACGAUCAGUUAUAACAGGCUCCAGUGUUGUAUAGAUGAGUUCAGUGUAUUCAAUGUUAGUGUAUUGGCUCCUCACAACAGUACUGUCUUUGAGUUUUCCUAAUCAGGGUGUUUAGCAGUGUGCAAUCUCAUGGGACUAUAGUGUUAAACAUGACCUAGUGUUGGAGUGAGAUCUUAGAGAAACUCCUGGUUCCAGUGAUGCGGGGGAUUCAGGAAUCCCAGGGCUCUGAUUGAUGGGCCAAACUGCCUUACAGAACUACACCUCCAGUGAAGAUUACUAGGCUCGAUAUCCAGACCAGCAAAGUCGUCUUCACUGGUUACCAGCACUGCAGCCUCCUGGACCGUGGGUGGCUAAAGCAGGGCCAGUCCUCCUUCAGAAAAGAAACAGAGGCUGACCUCUAUAUAUCUAGCUGGUGCCUUUACAACCUUUUGAAAACAUUAAGAGUUUGGCCCAAGACAGACUUUCUCAGUUAAACCGACACAAGCCUCUGUUUCUAUGCAUUGGAGCCAGUGUGAUCCCCCUUGUGAUCAUGUGCCAGUACUAGCUGGUUGUUACUGCUGCUUUGAGGAGACACUGUUACUCGUGGGCGCUGGACAGUGUCCUGGCCAGGGUUUAACAAUCCUCCCCAAAGCACUGCAUAUUCAGCUCUUAUGUGAAAGAGGUAAAGCUGGGGUAGAAAAUUAAAAAAUAAGCUGCUGUUAACUAAUGUGGUAUUAGAUAGGUGGGAUCCACACCAUCAUUUACUAAAGAAAGAGAUCCCAGGGGACGGGUUCAAAGUCCAUUUCCAAGUGCUUGACAAGCAGUGGUAAAUACAGCUUCCUGUUCUCAAGCUCCUCUAGUUAAAGGAUCUUUGCAUGAAUACACGCUGCAGGCAAGUGGAGGCAGGAAGGGGCAUCCAUUCGAUUCCAGUGCUGGGAGGCAGUGAGGCCCAUUGAUUAGAGUCAAGCAGGCAGGAUGUUUCACUGCUUAAUGACAAGGUCGUUAAAACAAAGCUAGGCUGAUAGCUUGGAACUAUUCAUUGCAAGGGGAAGGAGUGAGAGUUGUGAAGAUAGCUUUGAUAACCUUCUCAUUCUCUAUAGUAAGAAGAAUGCACUGUUGUUGGCAGGCUAGCCAAGUACAUAUUCUUUUAUACCAAAAAGAUUGUUGUCCUUUUGAAGUUUGGUGUUUGGGGUCUGCCUUUGCUGGAAGGGGGUCCUAAACCUCUCCUUCCCUAAGCAGUGCGCCCGCAUGAGCCAACAUGCAGAGUCUGAGAUGCCCUUAGGAACUAUAUUAACUAUAUUAGUCUGUCCCUACUCAGUUUAUUAGGGUAACGCAGUGUUCUGCAAGUUGCUUUUAGACAUAUCUGUUUUAAAGACGCUGUACUCCCUGCCCUGCCCAGGACUUCUCCAGACGUCAGGCUUUUGAAGCUUUCCUUGAUGUAAUGGCUGCACCAGCAAUGAUAAUCUGUUACGGUCGCACAUCCCAUCCAUUAAGGAUUAUAGUUCUGAAAGAACAGGUUUGUGGUAAUGCAGCAGGAGUUAUAUAUGUUGAGUGCAUUACUCCCAGACUCAGUGGGGUUCUUCACCAGCAGGAGUUUUAUAUGUUGAGUGCAUUACCCCCAGACGUUAAGAACCUCAUUAUUUUUAAGGGCCUGGGUUGAAUAUGCAUGUGCUGAUUAUUAUUGUUAUCAGUAGUGGUAGUAGUAUUGUCAUCAUACAACUCCCCCUUUCAUUCCCUGAAAAAACAAAAAAAUCAUAAACAUAUCAAAACAAAACUAAAAUACACAUACUUGAAUCAAGUGAAAUGCCAAUAAUGUAAUGUGAACACUGUUUUUGUAAUGAUUUUAUCACUCAUACACUUCCAAGUUUUUGACACCAGUUCAAAGUGAAAAAAAGGCAAAAAGAUUAAACUGUUAUAGUGAGAAUUUGCACAGAAGCGUGUGUGAGCGAGCGAGCAAGAGAGAGAGCCUGUGGUAAGAAACCAGUGUAAGUGUGCCAGGGCGGGUGAAUGUGUUUGUGUGUGUUUGCACAGAAGGGUGUGAGUGUGAAAGAGUGAGAGAGAGUCUGGGGUUAGAAACCAGGGUGGGUGAAUGUGUUUGUGUUCUUAUUCAGUAUAUGCUUUUAUUUGCUUGUCAGUAAAGAAACGUAGUGAUGGAUAUUGUUGUUCUUGUCAUUAGCAUGGAGUGUCUGCUGCCCCUCACUCAGCGAUUGUUAAGUACAGAGGGGACUUGAUGACACUUUGUGUGGAAAUGUUUACUCAAGGACUUAACGAAAAAAUAACAUGUAACAUGUUUAUCUACCUUAUAGUGGCUUUUAUUGUGGAUUAAUCCAGAAAUGGAUUAGAAUUUGAGUAUUGCACCAUUUUAUUUCUUUUUUCUGAUUAUGAAAAAAGACAAAAAAAAUUACAAAAAAGACAAAAAACAAUGAUUUUUGAAGAACUGAGGCCAUAGCAUGCCCUUAGAGAAGGAGGGAGGCUUGCUGUGUUGGACAGCAGAGUAAGAUGGGAGGCAGGACUCAGGUUCCAGAAUGAGACUCAUUUCAGAGGUGCCUACUUUUUUUUUUUUUUUUUUUUUUUUUUUUUUUUUGUAAGGCCACCUACCGUUUACAAACAUUAACUUUUUCUGAACUUCACGGAAAAGGAAUUUAUUACAGGAGCGUUUGGAAAACGAAAAGGACAAAUACUCUUCCAAUAAAAUGAAAAAAUAACUUGUUUUCAGAAUGAAGAUUCUGCUACUUUCAUAACUCUGGGAUUGAACGGUGUUGUUAUGUUCUAGUUCACUUUGAUUUGAUCGUGUUUGUUGAUGUUAUUGAUGUUAUUGAUUUACGGACUGUCAAGCCUGUGUUUUAAUUGUUGUUAUUUUCCUUUGUAAUAGAAAACGUAACGCUCAUUAUCUUGCACACAAAUAAAACGUGGACGAUGUCUCAGGAAGGCUAGGGUUCCAGAGUUCCAACUCCACGCCAUUUUAAUGUACAUUUUAAUGAAAAAAAGAAGAACAAUAAUAAUUAAAAACCCAACUCCAAGCACUGAAGGUUAUGGAUUUUAAAAGAAGAAAAUACCUUUGUUUCUGAAUCCGCAGCAGUUACAUAUUUACCAAAUAAUGGACUUGAAAUGAACUUUAAAAAAAAAAUAAUAAUAAUUGAGGAGUGCUUUAUAUAAAUCUAUAUAUUAAAAUAAUUGCUUUACAUUUUAAACAAAAUUAUCAAUGCUGUUUGAUUGUUUUAAAGGACAGUGAACUAGCAUACCAUUGCUGUAUGUUUUAGACUGUUGUAUUUUCUUACACAGAGGUCCCUUGCCUGCUUGAUCAGGAACAUUGUGCUUUACUUUCUGUUCUCUCUGUCUCGUAGUUUGCCAGGUAAUAAAGAACACUUUAUGAAAAGCUGUGUUUCUGCAACACGUUUGACAAAACUGGUUUUAAAUGGAUCCUAAACUAUACACGAACUGGGGAUGAAUGCCUGCGCUGUUCCUUAUGUAUCUCUUUUCAUUUAGGGUUGUGUUCUAGACUGUAUUGUUUCUGCUUAGAAGCUGUUUCAUUCUCUUCUCCCCUCCCCCUUUUCCUCUCUGCUUAGAAGCUGUUUCAGUCUCGUUUACCCUCCCCCUUUUCCUCUGCUCAGAAGCUGUUUCAUUCUCGUUUACCCUCCCCCUUUUCCUCUCUGCCCAGAAGCUGUUACAUUCUGUUCUCCCCUCCCCCUUUUCCUCUCUGCUCAGAAGGAGGGGGGGUUAAGGACAGCCAGCAGUUUGGAGGGGCUGUGUGUUAUUUAUCAGUUUGGGUGUGUUUUUUUUUUUUUGCCUUUUAUUUUAAAAUGUACAAAUGUCUCCUUUGAGAUUUUAAAAAAAAAGUUGGUGGCUUUUAAUGUGUUUUUUUCUCUUCUAGAAUGUGAUUGUCAAAGAUGCAUACUGAAAACUUGUUUUCAUGAACUAUGAAGCUUAUUUCAAAGUAUUAAUAAACUGCAGCUUUUUCUUGAA